AUUUGCAUGAACAUUUAUAUGUAAUACUUAUGUGUAUUAUUACCACGUUUUUAUUAACAACUAAUAAUGGGUGUUACUGGCCUGUGGAAACUUAUUGAGCCAUGUGGAAAGCCUGUUCCUGUUGAAACUUUAGAAGGGAAAAUUCUUGCUGUGGAUAUAUCAAUUUGGCUGCAUCAGGUGAUAAAGGGCUUUCAGGACAGCAAAGGAUCCGCAUUGCAUAACGCUCAUCUAUUGGGUCUUUUCCAUCGUCUGUGUAAACUGCUAUACUAUCGUGUGCGUCCAGUUUUUAUAUUCGAUGGUUGCGUACCACAGUUAAAGCGCGAUACUAUUGCACGUCGCCAACAACAGCGCAGUAAACUUAGUAAUGAAGCCGAUCGUAUCCAAGCCUUGCUGUUGCAGUCGUUGGCUAAGGAGAAGGUGGUCCAACAAGCUCUAGGCACUAAUGCAGAAUUGUUGUUAAAGUCACCUGUCAAGCGUGGACCGGCUACCAAAAAUGUCAAAAACGACGAUGACGACAUUUUUAAGUUACCCGAUCUGCCUGAUACGGAUAAGGUUGAGGCGGAUGUAAAUAAUAGUUUCUCCUCUGAUCAGUAUGCCAGUACUACCUCAGAUAGCUCGUUCGAUGAGUCAACUGCCCGUCAUGCUUACAAUUCAAGCUUGCAGGCUAUUGAUGUGCGAAGUCAACAUUUUCGUAGUUUACCGGCUGAUGUACGACAUGAAAUACUAACAGACAUUAAGGAGACACGCAAACAGUCCUCAUGGGGUCGCCUGCAUGAGCUGCCUGCUCGCAGCGAUGAUUUCUGCUCCUUUCAAAUGAAGCGCCUGCUUAAACGACGUGCAGUGCAGGAGAGUCUUGAGGAAGCACAACAGGAAAUGGGCGGCCAUACGGUCACCUAUGCUGAGCUAUGCGAUUUUUUCAAUGAUGAGGGCAUUGUAACGCCCACGGCAAUUGAACAGAACACGCGCCAAAUUAGCUCAGAUGAACAUACGCGCUUUCUGCUUGUACGAGAUCUUAAAAAAAAGGCGAUGGAAAAUACAAAGCUGGAGAAUACGAAGGUAGAACAUGCGAAGGUGGAAAAUUUGAAGUUGGCAAAUUCGAAGUUGGAGAAUACAUUAAAAAGUGAGCAGGAUAAAGAGCCGCCAAAGGUAGAAAUUUUAAAUGAAGACGAGGAACUACCAUGCACGUCGGCGCAAGCUGUGAAUAAGACGGAAAACAUACCAGAGAAUAAGCCACCAAUGACCGAGUAUGACUCUGAUUUAGCAUUGGCAAUGGCGCUGUCGUUAGAAGAAACUCAAAAAGUGUAUGACGAAAAGGACUACGAAUAUGAUUCGGAUCAGGAUUUAAGGCUUAAUCGCGAACAAAGUAAGCAAUUGCGUCAUGCAGCUAAGGGACCGGCGAGGGCCUACAUGAUCGAAUACGGCGGCAUGAACGAGGAUGAAGUUGAUAAUAUUUUGGAAAAGACACAAUUAAGUGACACGCAAAUUUUGGAAGGCAUAUUUAACGCUACAACUGUUAACGAUAAAUUAGAAAAUGUGGAUGAAGUGACGGAUCACAUAAAUGAGGAAUGCGUACAAGUAACUGAAAUCGAUACAGAUACGGACUCUGAUUUGGAGGAAGUCUUAGAAGAAGUUCCCAAAAGUUUAAAAAACUUUGAAAAUGCAGUUGCCAAGCAAAGUAUUGAAAUUUGUGUCGAUCUUAAGGAGCAAUCACAUGCUGUUGAUGAUUUAUUUGCUGAUAUUUUUGAAGAUAAAAACGACAAUUGCACAUCCUCUGAGUCGAAGGAUCUCAAAGUUUCAUACAAAGAUGCUGGAGAAUAUCAAAACACGAACCCAGACGUGAAGAAUGCAUUAAUUAAACAAGUUAAUAAAAAUGUGAAUACAUCUACAGUAGAGAUGCAUAAGGAAGAUUGCAAAACCGAUGUGUUGGCAGAAGACAACAAAUCGAUUGGGAAGUUAAGUGAUCAUGAAACCGAUAAAGUGAGUGCACAUGAUGAAGUCGAUAAACCUAAAAUUGUAACUGAAGCGAAACCUAACAAUAUCGCUCUCAUACUUGCUGACUUAAAAAGGCAAACCGAUGAGGUUAAAAAUAUAACAUUGGUCGACUUGACCGAACAGAAAUCAGAUUCAACGGCCAACGAACUGAGCUCCAUUCUCGAUGAGAUUAAGCGAAAGACCGGCGAGGUUAAAAAUAUCCAACAAGAAGCUAUUCAACCACCUCAUAAAACUAUAAUCAAUAUUUCUUCAGACGAAGACACAGAACUUGCGAGCGGAGAAGGCAGUUCCCACAAUGCUGAAAUUAUUGAACUCAUUGAUAGCGAUGAUAAUCAAAAAACUCGCAACGCCACAACAAUCAAUACACCACCAAAAAAUAAAUCAAUUAGUGAAUAUUUUGAAACGAAGUAUUUGAUAAAGCGAACUCCCGAUAAAUGUACAUCUGCAAACACAUCUCCACCUACAACUCCCAAAGUUACUAAACCAUUUUUUGUUAAGCGAACGCCUAAAUCGUCCGGACGUAAACGUGCUGCCGAAGAGCACAGCGAUGAAGCCGCCUCACCACCAAAAAAAUGCAGCAAAGCUUCAAAAUCCCUAUUCCAUGACGCUGAAGAAUUGGAUCCUACGACACCGCUGAAUACGAUGGAUCUGCUCCAAGACGCUGCUGAAGCGUUAAAAUCGCAAAACACUGCAGAAGAAUUGCAGUCAAUGGCUAACACAUUGGCGCAGGAACGGCGCAAAUUAGAGACUGAGCGGAAUCGUCAAGAUCGCAUGGGCAUGUCCAUUGGGCAGCGGAUGGUUGUAGAUUGCCAAGAGCUCCUGCAUCUAUUCGGCAUACCAUACAUAGUUGCGCCUAUGGAGGCGGAGGCUCAAUGCGCAUUUCUUAACGCUGUUGAAUUAACGAAUGGAACCAUAACGGAUGACAGUGAUAUUUGGUUAUUUGGCGGUCGAACAGUUUAUAAGAACUUUUUUGCCCAGCAUAAGCAUGUUUUAGAGUUUCGCGCGGAUCAGAUUGAACAAAUCUUUAACUGCAAUCGAAACAAGCUCAUACAGUUGGCGUGCUUGGUGGGUAGCGAUUACACAACGGGCAUACACGGCAUUGGUGCUGUUACCGCUAUGGAAAUACUUGCAUCGUUCUCAAGCAGCUCAGGGGCACCAAUUGGUGGGGAUACUAUAGCCGCCUCCAAUGAUGUUCAGUCGGUACUUUCGACCCUAAACAAAUUUCGCGAUUGGUGGCAGGCUCAAAAGCAGCCGGGGAGCUCGGCACGCCUCUCCCUACGUAAAAAGCUCAAGAAUAUUGAAAUGCACGAAGAUUUUCCAAGCGCAGCGGUAGUGGAGGCCUAUCUUACACCGAAGGUGGACGACAAUCGGGAUAUGUUCAGCUGGGGUUCUCCCGAUGUUGAAUCAAUACGUGAAUUCACUCGCAAAACAUUUGGCUGGACAACAAGUAAAACUGAUGAUAUACUCAUGCCGGUCAUGAAAAAAAUCAAUGAGAAGAAACUGCAGAGCUCCAUACGCAAUUAUUUUACAGCAAAAAGUGCUCUUCGAGUGCAACAACCCAAGGUGAGCAAGCGGGUGCAAACGGCUAUUGACAAGAUGUCGGGUAAAAUUUGUGCCGAGACGCCAGAAAAACCCAAAAAAGCAGCCCGAAAGAAACAAAUGCAAAACUCUGUCGGGGAGGCAGUUGAAACUGAGACUGUCAACAAGAGUGCUUCCAAGUCCAAGGCAACACGCCGCAAGCAUAGUAAACGUGAGUCCUCAAACAUAGCUGAAGAGGAAGCGACAGAAGCCGCAAGUAGCACAAAGCCAUCCAAAUGUCCACGUUUACCAACGACCGAGGAAAUAAUACCGCAGCGCCAACGUGAUUUGGAAGAAAUAAGUCGAAAUAGAGCCAAAGCAGUGGAGGUUUUUAAGAAAGCAGCUUUGAGAGACACCACAAAUUGAAUUGCAUUAUAUCAUUGUAAUUAAAUAAAUGAAAUUUAUUAUAAGAAAA